AUGGAAACUAAACAUUUAUUUUGGGACGAUACUUAUAGCUUUAACUGUAAUGGUACUAUCACGGAUAUUAGAUCCAAAAAGGAUGGCGAUGAAGAGGAAUAUAUCAUCGUUGUCGAUAAUACAGUCAUGCAUCCGCAAGGUGGUGGGCAACCUGCUGACGUGGGCUUAAUAAAAAAUCAAGGCGAAGAUGUUGUAUUUCAUGUUCAUCAUGUGCAGAAACCAUCAAAAGAAGCCUUGUUUAUCGAACACGUUGGCAAAUACAGCCAAAGCAGUAUCAGAAGGUUUGAUGUUGGUGACCCAGUUAUCAUGCAAAUCGAUGAAGCCAAAAGACGAUUACAUGCGAGACUUCAUAGCGCUGGGCACCUACUAGAUGGAGCUCUACAAAAUCUUGGUAUAACUGAACUUGUUGGUAGUAAGGGUUACCACUUUCCCGAUAAUCCCUAUGUCGAAUACAUUGGCAACAUUCCUGUAGAGAAACGAGAAGAAAUUGUUAAAUUGUUAAAUGAGGAAACAACUAAACUUAUAGCAAAAAAUCUUCCUGUAGAAGUAUCGCAUCAGGAAGGUCUUCGGUAUGUGAAUAUUGCUGGCGUAAAAUGUCCCUGUGGAGGCACACAUGUUAAAUCUCUAAAAGAGAUUGGAAAGGUUACUGCUACCAAAAUGAAAAAGAGUAAGAAAAAUACCAAAAUUUCUUAUUUUAUAGAAUAA